AUGACUGAUAAUACAUACACACCAGAUGACCCAUAUUCCGAUCCCGACGUUCCGUACACACCUUACCCUGAUAAUCCUCAUUAUCUAGCCGACAUCCAGAGAAUAUCCCAAGAUGAUGUAUUCAGAAAAUUAAAUACAAAUUUAAGCAUAAUAAGCAUGACUGGCGGCUUGAUAGUAUUAUUAAUGAUAACGGCAAUGUGGUUUUAUGACAAGAAAUUGGUAAAUCGAGUUUCUCUGAGAUUGACGGCCAUGAUAUCGUUUGUCGACAUACUUACUGGUGCGGUUGUGAUAGCCUAUGCACAUUACCCGGCCUCAAAUUCAACCGCGUGUACGUUCAUCGGAUUUGCAAUGUCCUUCUUUCCAGAGGUGUAUUUGUUUUUGACCGUGAUGAUAGCGUUCAAUUUACAGGUGGUCUUUCUUCAUCGAAGGAAGGUUUCAUCCUUCUCAGACCGAUGGUAUAUCCCGGUGGCCAUCCUUUCUGCCGGUAUCAUAAAUCUGCCACCAUUGCUUUAUAACCGCUUUGGAUUUGACGCGGACGGACUCGAAUGUCUCUACCGUGAUGCACAGAGUGUGGCAACGCAAUGGUGGAAAGUCGGUACUUUUUUAAUUCCGCUAGCCUUAUCCAUGAUAUAUUGCACCUUAGUGUUGGCGACCGUCGUGUGCAAAUUGAUUUUUGAACAUCGGAAACUAGCCGGUGCAAUACAUACUCAGAGCAGGGCAACCUUAUCGGCAAAGGCUCGAAAACAGAAGAUUCUUCUGUUAAAAUUGGUGAGCCGUAUCUCACUGUAUGCGGCGAUCCCGUUGAUAAACAUUAGUGGCAUUAUCGUCGAGUAUGUUUAUAAUUCUUUUAACAGAGACAAAAAGGCACCGCUACCUUUGACUUAUUGGGCCAUCAUUGGAUCGUGUUUACCCGGGUUUAUCAAUUGUUUGGCUUUUCUGUUCGACCCUGCCAUCCAUAAUGCUCUUAGAAAAAUGAAAAAGGAUCUCCUCGACACGUACGGCUACGAAAAGUGUCACUUCGACUCAAGAUUCACGGCCUCCCUUAAUAGCCCACUGACACCAUCUGAGGCGUUCUUCCCAAAUUCUCCGUCAUUUAAUCCACAUUCCCUGUCACCAUACUCGCCAUAUCUGACAACAUUUCCGUCAUCACCCACAUCAUUGUAUCCGCCUUCGCCAACCCGACUACCGGGUCAGACACGCGUUUCUACCGACCAUGAUAAUUCCGGUGUCACGAAAAACAAUUACUCAACAUUAAACUCUAAAAAAGAAAGACCAAUCUUGAAAUGGUUUGUGCGUACAUUUUUGGACAAGAGAAAAUUACCCAAAGUACAAAAUGGUCUUUCCACGAGUUUAGGAUCAGAUCAAGGUGGCAGAUAUAGUUCAGCUACCGUGAAUUCCGGUACUAUAUCCGGUCAAAGUUUCGGUCAUGAUUACCGUAACGGCGAGACUCACGUACACAUGUAUGACAUAUACGCGGAUGCCGCCGAUAAGAGGAGAAAAACUUUUGCGAAGAGAUUGUCACGUGUCUUGAACACGCCCACCAAAGAUUCAUUUGACCCGUCCGACUUAUUCAUAACGACCACAACAGAAACAGAAACUGUCAUCACAAGCAAUUCUCCAACCGAAUCUCAAGACUUUGAAGCAAACACGGAAUCAAGCUAUAACGACCGAUCACGCCUGGUCUAUGAAACAGGUCGCGGUUCAUUCUUGUUUCCUCCGAUGAGCGGUAACACUACGAUCAACAUUCACUUGCAUCAAUAUCCUUCGGUCACCACCCUGGGCCACAUAGAAGCUGGAGCAUCUUCGACUUCCUUCUCCAGGAAUAGGUUACUACGUCAGCAAGAGAGGCAAAAGCAACAGCAGCAGCAAAAACAUAAAAAAUCUGAUUCGACUUCUUCCACAGCAUCGAGGGAUUCUGUGGAUAACGAAUUGUCGGCCUAUUAA